AUGCAACCGCUGGGUCAAAAACUCAAGUAUUUCUUCUUUAAUUACUGGAACACCGUCACCACAGCAGCCGUCAUAUCGUUCAUUAUUGGUUUUGCUAUGCGAACUUUUGGUGUGAUAGAAACGGGGCGAGUAAUCCUCGCUUGUAAUUCAGUGCUUUGGACAAUGAAAUUGCUCGACUAUAUGAGUGUACAUCCACGGACUUGGACCAUACAUUACAAUGGCAGGAAAAAUGUCAUGUUGGUAGUAUCGUUAUUGGCAUUUGGACUUGCACGACAGUCGAUAACAUAUCCUAAUGAAGACUGGCAUUGGUUACUGGUUCGCAAUGUUUUUUAUAAGCCGUAUUUCAUGCUUUACGGUGAGGUGUAUGCUGAUGAAAUUGACACAUGUGGAGAUGAAGCAUGGGACUCUCAUUUGGAAAAAGGUGUACCUAUAACCAACAGCACAUAUGGAAGCACCUGCGUUCCUGGUUAUUGGAUUCCACCGGUUCUAAUGACUUUCUUCCUACUGGUCGCCAAUAUUCUCUUGAUGAGCAUGUUGAUUGCAAUAUUCAACAAUAUUUUCGACCAAACUGAUGAAAUAGCUCAACAGAUUUGGCUGUUUCAACGGUACCGUCAGGUGAUGGAAUAUGAGAGCACACCUUUCGUGCCCCCUCCAUUCACUCCACUCUCGCAUGCAGGCUUAGCCAUUAAGUAUAUCAGAAUGAAGCUCUCGGCGUUUUACGAAAAGGAUCCUGAUGGAAGUCGGCAGAAGAAAAUGUUCGACUUUAGCCUCAAGUUAUUCCUGAACGCCGAUCAAGUGGAGAAGUUGCACGACUUUGAAGAAGAUUGUAUGGAUGAUUUGGCGAGGGAUAAAGAAAUGCGAAAAAGAACUAGCAAUGAGGAGCGCAUACAGCGAACUGCUGAGAGAACUGAUAUAAUCCUGAAUCGACUCAAUGAUCUUGCCUCGAAAGAGGCGACCACUCGUGAGACAGUUGGAGAAAUGGACAACAGGUUGUUGGCUAUCGAGAAAACACAGGUAAUUUUUAGCUCUCGGUAUAAAUGA